AUGUCAAACAUGCCAGUGAACACCGAAGUUCCCAAGCAAAAGACCCAAGGGAUGUCCCGACGGUGGCCCCUAGCCUUCUUCUUCGGUGCCAUCGUCAUGUUCAUCGUCGGCGGUGCACUGGUCGGCGUCUACCUGUCCAACACGUCAAACUGUUUCAACGACUCCAGCAGCUAUGACUACUAUAGUAAUGAUGACGACUUUGACUGCGGAUCCAGCCAUAACGGAGAAUACUACGGCGCAGUCGCCUGCUUCAUCAUCGGUGGCAUUUUCAAGCUCAUUGGUUGGGUCUUUGCCAUCCUCUACUGCGUUAGACGCCGCCGCUCUCAUCAGCAAGCGCUCGCCUCUCAGUACUACACUGUUCCUAUGAACCCGCAACAGCCUUACAACACUCCUGGCCCGUACGGAUCUCAGCCUCAGUACCCGCCGCAGUACCCUUCGCAGCCGGGUCAGCCUAUGUACCCUGACACCGGAUACCACAACCAGGCUCCUGUUGAAAAGGAAUCCCCUCCCGUUCACUAUGUUUAA